AUUUGAUCAAGCAUCAAUUGACGUUUGGACACAAACCGGCAUUUGCGUGUUCGUAUUAUUAUUGUUGUUGUUAUUGUUGAAAUGAAUACGUCUCGGUUUCUUUCCAAGUGCCUCUUUGGUACAUCACAUUUUGCAACACGAUCUGUCGGGGCGCAUGCACCCUGGACAUCACGACUGAUCCGUCUACAAUACUAUUCUUCGAGAGCCUUACCGAAGAUAGCUCAAUCCUCGACAUGGACAUUGUUCGUUCCCAAGUACCUUCGAAAUCGUUCCCGGGAUGCGAAAGUGCAGGCUUCCAAAUCCAAGGAAUGGAACCCGGCGAGCUUCUUUAUUAUAAUAUUCAUCCUGAUUGGAUCGCAAGCCAUUCGAAUGAUUGCUUUGAAGAACGACUAUGCAGCAUAUACUAGAACAACGGAUGCGAAGAUCGAGCUUCUGAGAGAGGUAAUUGAAAAGAUUAGAAGAGGAGAGGAUGUGAAUGUUGAAAAAUUACUGGGAACUGGCGAUGAAACUAAGGAAAGAGAGUGGGAAGAAGUUCUUCGAGAGAUCGAGGCUGAAGAUUCACUAUGGCACCGGAAGACCACAGGGCCGGAAUCUGAUCAAGAGUCGAAUUCAGUGAAGACGAAGAAUGCUACAUCUUCCGUGGGAAACACGAAAAACGAACCACAGAAGACAAAUCAUCCUCGGACUGCGAAUUUCUUCUAAAAAUAUUGUCCAUGUCAAAACCUAUAUGUUCCCUACAUUUGCCAUAUAUCUGCAGCUCCACGCAGAGAAUCUCUGACAUAGCCAUCAUCUCGACCAUGCAUCCUACCUGAAAAGGACAACAAGCACUCUUGAGUAAGCAAAAGAAGUGUUCUUGUCUUACAGUACGUGUUAUAAGACUAUUCUCUUCCUCUUUUCUCUUUGUUGUGUGUCAUUCAAAGAUGGCCUAUUGACGAAUCGUGCAUUUCGUUCACAUAUUGCCAUGCAAGUUAAAAUGGGUUACCAAGGUGCCAAAAGUGACUUCUUUUUCAUGAUGGUCAUUACUGUUCCUUUUUGACUCUAUUCGUGGGUCUUAUAAUAUCGGUAAAUACUCAUGCCAGACUGUACAUAGCAUGACUGUUUCCCCUCUCGUAUACACUUAAAUUCGAUACACUACAUAUAAUGAAUGCCAUUCC